AUGGAGAUAUCAGCCGGCAGCCGGAGACGCUCUGCUCGGCGUGCUCCAUCGCCCCGCCGCCUCGCAGACCCUCCAUCUUCCAGCUCAGUUCCGGGCCAGGCUAGCCCCUGCCCCCGGGGUGGGGUAGGGGGGGCGGCUCCCGCUUCUCCUGGGGCUCCAGGUCGUUCCCCACCCCCUGCCCUCCGCGACUCAACUGCCUGGGUCCCCCCCCCUCCCCCGCCACACACUCACACGCGCCCGCGAGCACACACGCACGCACACACACACACACACACACACACUCACACGCCAGCAGGCUGCUGGCCGCUCAAUGGACCGAUUUCCCCGGUUUCCCUGAACCCAGCUUAGCCCGGGAUGAGAAAUUGCAAAAUGGCCCGAGUCGCCAGUGUGCUAGGGCUGGUCAUGCUCAGCGUGGCCCUGCUGAUUUUAUCGCUUAUCAGCUACGUGUCCCUGAAAAAGGAGAACAUCUUCACCACUCCCAAGUACGCCAGCCCGGGGGCGCCCCGAAUGUACAUGUUCCACGCGGGAUUCCGGUCACAGUUUGCGCUGAAGUUUCUAGACCCGUCAUUUGUGCCCAUUACGAAUUCUCUCACCCAUGAACUCCAAGAGAAACCUUCUAAGUGGACAUUUAAUCGGACUGCGUUUUUACAUCAAAGGCAAGAAAUUCUUCAGCAUGUCGAUGUAAUAAAAAAUUUUUCUUUGACCAAGAAUAGUGUUCGGAUUGGACAACUGAUGCAUUAUGACUAUUCCAGCCAUAAAUAUGUUUUCUCUAUUAGCAAUAACUUCCGCUCACUGCUCCCAGAUGUGUCCCCCAUUAUGAAUAAGCGUUAUAAUAUUUGUGCCGUGGUUGGAAACAGUGGAAUCUUGACAGGGAGUCAGUGUGGACAAGAAAUAGAUAAAUCAGAUUUUGUUUUUCGAUGCAAUUUUGCCCCUACGGAGGCUUUCCAAAAAGAUGUUGGGAGGAAAACCAACCUCACAACCUUCAACCCCAGCAUCCUGGAAAAAUAUUACAACAAUCUUUUAACCAUUCAAGACCGUAACAACUUCUUCCUCAGUUUAAAAAAGCUCGAUGGGGCCAUUCUUUGGAUCCCUGCGUUUUUCUUCCACACUUCUGCAACCGUAACCAGAACAUUAGUUGACUUUUUUGUUGAACACAGAGGUCAGUUAAAGGUCCAGUUGGCUUGGCCUGGAAAUAUAAUGCAACAUGUCAACAGGUACUGGAAAAACAAACACUUGUCACCCAAACGACUGAGCACAGGCAUCCUUAUGUACACUCUUGCAUCUGCAGUCUGUGAAGAGAUCCACUUGUAUGGAUUCUGGCCUUUUGGAUUUGACCCCAACACAAGGGAAGAUCUUCCAUACCAUUACUAUGACAAAAAAGGAACCAAAUUUACCACCAAGUGGCAGGAGUCUCACCAGCUGCCUGCUGAGUUUCAGCUGCUGUAUCGGAUGCAUGGUGAAGGGCUCACCAAGCUCACUCUGUCACACUGUGCCUAA